GUAUGAGCCAAUAUAAAAAUUUCUUCGUUUACAUAUUCGUAUGUGUAAUGUGUGUAGUAAAUCUUUAUCUUUUAUAUCAAUCAUUUCACAACAUUUUGACUCAGCCUCUACGUAACGACAUCAUCCCCGGGUCAUCAGCUGAAUUUCAAGAUGUAGCUUUCGCGCCGUUGAUGGAGCUCUUUCGAAAGAAAGCUACGGGAAAGCUCGUCCCGCAGUUAAAAAGGUUCAGGUCGGGCUCCGUGCCCCGGGUACUGGUAUGGUCACGUCCCUUCGAGGGGAAUGGCUUUUGGGAUGCCGCCUUCUCCCAAGUCAGGAGAGGGGAUUGCCCUCUGCCUUGUGAAGUCAUCUACGACGUCAAGCAGAGAGAUACCACCGACGCCAUCAUCAUCUACCUGAGAGGCGCGAAGGAUUCCCAGACAGUCACGGCGGACCUGUCUCCUCGCGACCCCCGGCAACCUUGGAUCAUGCUGACCAUGGAAGUGCCGGUUCUCUCGAACAACGUGCACGGAACCCGAUUCGAGAAAUACGACGGCCUCUUCAACCGCACGAUGCUUUACCGCCGGGACUCAGACGUCUUUUUCAGACACGGCUUCGUCGUCCCAAUGAAGGACGCACAGUUCCUCCCCAGGUCGUGGGUCAUCCCUCCGCGGACGGAAGUGGCGAAUCGCACGAGAAAGUUGGCGGUGGCGUUGAUAUCCAACUGCGGAGCUCAUUCGAAACGUCUGCAGUACAUCUGGAGAGUUCAGAAAUACGCGCAAGUCGACAUCUACGGACGAUGCGGGAAUCUGUCUUGCGGCGCGUCGAUGUACGUCGAGCACAUGUACAACACGACGACGGACCGGUGUCUGAAGAUCGCCGGCGAAGGUUACCUCUUCUACUUCGCCUUCGAGAACGAGCUCUGCAAAGAUUACGUCACGGAGAAAGUCUACAAUCUGAUGCACUAUCCCAUCGUGCCCGUGGUUUUUGGCAUCGAGAACUACUCCCUGGUCCUUCCGCCGAAUUCGUACAUCAACGCCUACGACUAUUCGCCAAAGGAGCUGGCGGAAAGGUUGCUCUACUUGAAAUAUAAUCCUCAGGAAUACGAGCAAUACUUCGAGUGGAAGAAGUAUUACCGAGCUUCAACGGUCGGUGGAGUGAGAAUCAUGUGCGAAUUGUGUUCUCGAUUAUACGAACCGGAAUUUUACGAGCACAAAGUAUACGAAGACUUCCACGAUUGGUUCGUCGGGAAGUCGGGCUGUGUGGCUGGAAUGGACCUAUGAAGACAUCAGGAGGGCCAUCUGCAUUGUCUGGGUUUAUAGGAGAGAUCAUGUUUGCAAACAAAUGAAGUGUAUGAGGCGCAUGCGCAGUACGCUGGUGGGCAAAAGAGAACAUGCAGACGAUGCUCUCACCUAAUUUAUCUUUGUCAUGGGUUUUGUGCACACUAUACAUGUAUGGCAGGGUGGGGAUUCUUUGUUGCUUAUUACAUUAUGUAUGUAUGCUCGUGUAGGGCUGUAAUAAUUUCUCAAAAUGUGAAAAAAAAUAUUCCUAAAGUUGCUUACGUUUUAAGUUUUUCAGUUUGUUAACUUCACUUCCCAUGAGAGAAAUACCAUUUCAUGGCAACAUUAAAUAUUCAAAUAUAAGAUAAAUAUUAUUUUGCUUUCCAUAAAGGGUUAGAAUCCAUUAGUUUCAAAUAACUUUCACUUGAGGGCGAGCUGUCUGUGUCACCGCCUCUUAAUUGUGGAGUGGUCUGAUAUUUAUUGGUCCUUUAUCUCGAUCCAUUUUCUGUGAAUCCCAACUGUUGCUACUGUGAAGUAUAUCGUUAUUUGUCACUUUAAAAACAUGGAAUUAUAAUUUUAUGUAUUUGUUGUUAGUAUAUAGGUUCAAAUAAAUAAUUAUAUAGAAAUGUGAUGGAGUAAUAAAGUUUUACAUUUUCUAUGUAGUGAAAUCACGUGCAUUUUGAAG